AGUGACAACAACAAAAACAACAAGAACAAAUAAAUAAUUAUUAAAAAUUGCACUAAUUGUAAUAAUGAUUUUCAUUUGACAUUCUUUUAUUAUUAGUUUAUAGUUUACUUAUUAGUAAUUCUAAAAUGUCGUUCAAUGUGAAUUGGAUUGUUGAUAAAUAUAGAGAAGAACAUGAAAGUGAUGAACACUGGCUGUUACGGAAAGCAUUCAUGGAGCGAUGGAAGAAUAAUUAUCCCGAAGAAAGACUUGUUUGCUUGGCGCGAGUGUUUACAAACAUGGAAUUUAUGGGAUGCCGGUAUCCGUUGGAAACUAUGCAAGAGGUUGCGACUCUAUCAAAAGAGGUAGCCAAAGAAUAUCGACUACUAAGAAAAACAAAACUCCAAAGGACUUUUGUGUCUGCCUCUGAUGCAGCAGGAGAUAGAGCUAAGGGCAUUAAAAGAGAAGGUGGAGUAAUUGUGGAAGCAGAGCCAACAAAGAAGACAAAAAUAUUGUUUGUGCCACAAGGAACAGAAGUAGUUGAUUUGGAGGAAUCUGUAGAAGAUGAAACAAUAGAGAAAGACUGUGAAAUAGAUAAUUUUGCAAAAACAACAAUUGUAAAUGAUUAUGCUGAGGAAAUGUCCAAAGUAAAUUGUCUGAAUGUUAAAAUCUUUAGAGAUGAUAUGUUUAUGACAGAAUUUGGGCGUUUCGUUUUACUAAUAAGACCAUGGACAGGAAAAAUGAGUAAUAUUCAAAGCAGCUGUCAAUCAAGCCAAUUAUCACUAGAUAACACUUACUACAAUAAUUGCUACAAAUUAACACUAAACGGGAAGCUGCUGGCUGAAGCAACUGGUCCAACUAAAGUGGAAGCGAAGAAUAUUGUUGAGAUGAUGGCAUGGAAUAGGUUAAAAGAAAACACAGUAAGUCUGUUGAUAAAGGAACAAUGGAGAUCUGAUGGUGACAAGAUAUCCAUGAGUGAUGUUGCUGGAGAGAAAGAGAGAUUUGGUACACCUGUGGAGAAUACAGUUGCUACAAAAAUGAUGAAACUAAUGGGCUGGAAAGGUGGCGGCUUGGGGGCUGACGCACAGGGUAUUGCUGAACCAAUAAAGCCUAAUUUACAAAUGGUCAAUCGUGCUGGUCUCGGCAGCAACUCCCGGGACAUUCGACAGCUACGCCUCUCCGGUACCCAGCUGAUGCAGCGCUUCCUCAGGUCAUCACUUUUGGAUGUAGACCUGGUGUUCAGCAACGAGUUCAGCAAGGAAGAGAGAGCUGUGCUGCAUUUGUGCGCGAAGAAGGCCGGCCUUGCGUCCAAAAGCUAUGGUGGUGAUGCUGACCGGUUUUUAGUGGUAAAGAAGAAACUGGACCCUUUCUCAUUGGUCCGCGCUGUGGUAGACAAAGGUGGCAACACUGCCAAAUAUCAGGUUUUCAUACCGGCAUCAAUGGCUCGGAGAUAACUAUAAAUAUAUUAUACUAUGUUAAA